GUGGUCCCAGCAGAGCGUCCACCGCCACAAGCAUGGUGCGGCGCGGACGCACGUGUCUGCCAACACCAGCAGCACCAGUGGCACAGCCAGCUGCGCAGACCUCAUCCACCAGUGCCGUACCGACUUUGAUUGGGACUCCUGCGUGGGCUUCGAGGCUGACUGCUACAACCCAGCGAAGGCAGCCAACUUAAUGAUCCAGAUCGGAGAGUACGAGCAGACCCAGGCCCUCGAUGGUGAUGGCGCGCCGGUGGUGAGGACGAACUUGGACUGCGAGUCCUGGGGCACACGAUGCCAGAGCCGAGACUGGACGGCGUGCCUCUACUACGAGGACCACUGCCAGCAGAAGGCUCCAGCUCCGGUGCAGCUUUCGUUAGCUUUCACCAGCAGCAGCCGUUCGCAGCCGACUCCAAGUGCUCGAAGAGUGGAUGACGGACAGGAUUGUGAGGGUCUGAUCGCGCAGUGCCACAACAACUUUGAUUGGUUCGCGUGCACAAGCUAUGAGGCGCAGUGCACCCGCCAGGCGCAG